UACAACUAUGAACAUUGGAAUCAGUGUGGCUGAAGAUCAAACCACAAAGUGAAAAGCUUAUUGAAUUUCUCCUUUUUCCCGUCUCUAAAAUACAUUUUUUAUUCCGUCACUACCCAAAUCAUAUGAACGUUCAUAAUUCAAUUCCAUUCAAUACUAACUGACCCACAAAAUUCACUUCCUUCAACCCUUUUCUUGUAGGAUUGGACUUAGCGAGGAAUUUGGGCGGCAAAUAAUCCUAUACUCAAUACCCUUAUGCUCCCUCGCGACGGCUCAAUCGUCUCUUACCUACUUCGAAUUCAUCGCCUUCAAAUUAACCCUUCAAUCGUUCGUCAUUCUCGUAUUUCCCAGAGCUUAAUCCCUUCAAUUUCGUGUCAUUCUCUGUCUUCCCCUUCUUUUUUCAACGAAGAUCAAAAGCCCCAUUGAAAUGGGGAAGAAGCGAGUGAUGGUACCGGUUGAGAAACUCGAUUUAUCGGCGGUCAAAUACGAGAAAGAGGUCAUUCAAGCUCCUCAUUUGGCUGGGUUUCUCUUCAAGCUUUUUGUUGGGAUCCUUGAAAUGCCGGUUAUUGGUUCUUUUGUGGUCUCCAUGUUGAAGAAGCAGAAUAAAAUAGAGGAGCUGUUGUUGAAUACAGUGAUACCAGAGGCACCUAUGUUUAAGCCCGAAUUUCCUCCUCAAGAAGAAGAGCCUGUUAUAUCAACCCUCGAUGAAGAUGGGAAACCUGAAGACCGAGUAGACAAAGCUUUGAAGUGUCUUCCACAUUAUGAUCCCAUUGAUCGUGUUAAGAGUGACCCAUCUUCACCAUUCAGAUAUUGGAAAAUUCGUGACUAUGCACAUGCGUAUCGGUCAAGGCAUACGACCCCUUCCAUGGUCGCGGAACACAUAAUUUCAAUUAUACAGGAGUUCAAUCACAGAAAACCAGCAGCACCUUUAUUGAUUUCUUUUGAUCCUGAGGAAGUCAUGAAGCAAGCAGCUACUUCUACACAGAGGUUUGAGGAAGGGAAUCCAUUGUCUAUCUUGGAUGGGAUAUUUAUAGCAAUCAAGGAUGAUAUAGACUGUUACCCACAUCCAACUAAAGGUGCAUCGACAUGGAUGCAUGAGGUCCGCUCUGUGGAAAAGGAUGCAGAUUCUGUUUCGAGGUUACGUAGAUGUGGUGUAAUAUUUGUAGGGAAAGCAAAUAUGCACGAGUUGGGUAUGGGUACAACUGGAAAUAAUCCAAAUUAUGGAACAACAAGAAAUCCUCAUGCACCUGAUAGGUACACAGGUGGGUCAUCCUCAGGUCCUGCAGCCAUUGUUGCUUCUGGUAUUUGUUCUGCUGCACUUGGAACAGAUGGUGGAGGUUCGGUUCGUAUUCCUUCCUCCCUUUGUGGUGUCGUGGGCUUAAAAACAACGUAUGGCAGGACGAGUAUUAAAGGUUCACUAUGUGAUAGUGGGACUGUCGAGAUUAUUGGACCGAUAGCGUCGUCGGUGGAAGAUAUCAUGCUAGUGUAUGCAGCAAUUUUGGGCUCCACCCCUGAGGAUAAAAUCAGCUUGAAACCAGCGCCGCCUUGCUUGCCAAUUCUAUCAUCACAUGAUAAUUUGAAUAUUUUGGGAUCACUACGACUGGGAAAGUACUCACCGUGGUUUAAUGACGUUUUCUCGACUGAUAUCUCCGAAAAGAGUGAGGACAUUCUUGAAUUGUUGAUGAAAACUCAUGGUUGCGAAAUUGUAGAAGUUGUUGUGCCUGAGCUGCUUGAAAUGCGCACUGCUCAUCUUGUUUCCAUUGGGUCUGAAUUUCUUGCUUCAAUGAAUCCUGAUUGUGAAGAUGGGAAAGGUAAAAGAUUGACUUACGACAGUCGUACCAGUUCAGCACUAUUUCGGUCGUUUACCGCAUCAGAUUAUGUCGCUGCGCAGUGUCUUAGGCGGAGAAUAAUGCAUCAUCACAUGGAAAUAUUCAAGAAGGUCGAUGUAAUCGUGACGCCUACAACUGGCAUGACUGCACCACUUAUACCUCCCAGUGCUCAUAAAUAUGGCGAGACAGACAUGCCGGUUACAGGUUACCUCAUGCGGUUUAUCAUCGCGGCCAAUCUUAUCGGACUCCCCGCCAUAUCUGUCCCAAUCGGUUAUGAUAAACAAGGCCUCCCCAUAGGCUUGCAACUGAUUGGUCGUCCAUGGGGUGAAGCUACAAUAUUACGUUUGGCUUCUGCAAUAGAGGAAUUAUGCGGAAAUCCGAAGAGGCCGAUGUCGUUUUAUGAUGUUCUAAAAUGUUAAAGACUAAAGGAAUGAUGUUCAGUUCCGUGGUUCCGACCUCUAUAUUCGAUCAAGAAAGAAGAAAUGAAACGUAGCAACAAAAGAUAAUGAAAUUAUUAGUGAUCCUUUCAUCCCAAAUGAUUGAAAUCGAUGAGAAUUCGAUCUAACAACUCGAUC